CGCGGGCUUCAAAAACAUGGCAUGCUCGCCGCGCAGCCCCUCGCCCCUGGAGACGCAAUCUUGCAGUGACUCUAGUGACUCGCCUUUGUCUUUUACUACCUCCAUGGAGUGGGACACCCAGGUGGUGGCAGGGUCCUCCCCUCUAGGUCUGAGGACUGAGAUGGAGGGGUCACCCGUCGACCUGCGGCUGCCUGCGUGGUUGGAACCCGAGAGGUGUGCCGUGUUCCAUUGCGCACGUUGCUACGCGGUGCUCGCUGACACCGUGCAUUUAGCCUGGGACCUGUCGAGGUCUCUCGGGGCCGUGGCCUUCUCCAGAGUCACGAACAAUGUCGUUUUGUUCGAACCCUGUCUAGUUGGCAUUGAAGGUUUUCUCAAAUGCAGCACGUACAACCGUCUGUUCUGUAGUUCCUGUCGGGUUCCUAUUGGUUUCCAUCUGUAUUCCACCCAUGCUGCUCUGGCUGCCUUGAGAGGCCACUUCUGCCUCUACUGUGAUAAAAUGCUGUGCUAUGUCUUGAAAACAAAGACCAUAGUAAAUGCAUCUGAGAUGGAUAUUGACAACCUGCCUCUCCAAGAAAAGAUUGCAGAGCUGAAAGAGAAGAUAAUACUAACACAUGCUCGAUUAAAUUCACUGACAAAGAUUCUGAAGGAAGUGACUCCUGAUCAGUCUAACCAAGAAAAUUGAAGAAGCAGAUGUGUACUGGUGCUUGUGGAGACCAGAGGAAGAGUGGGAUCCUCUGGAGCUGGAGUUGUUUCUGAGAACGAAACUCUGCAUAAACUGGAAGUGCUCCUAGCAGCAGAUCCGUCUCUCUAGUCCCCGCUGGUCUUUUCACUUCUUUUUAUUGUUGCUUUUGUUUCUGUUUUGGAGACGUGGUCUCACUAAGUAUCUCCAGUUGUCCUGAAACUCCCAGGGAUCCUCCUGCCUCUGCCUCUGGAGUGCUGGGACUACUGAUGUGGCCGCGGCCCCUGAAUGACCUUUUAUUUUAAGCAGCACCAAGGAUGAGAAGACUGCAGAUGUGGCCACACCGACUGUAGUUCCUGCCUUUGACAAACAGGCACGAAGAUCAGCAGCUCAAGAUCAUCCUUGGUCAACCUAUGCUUCAUGAGAAAGUGUCCCCAAAUCCCCGCUUGCCCCAAAUGAGCAUUUUACAGUACACCUUUGAGCCUGUGACUUUCCCCAGCUCACCAGCCCACUCUUACUUUGGGGAGUAUUGAUUCUUUAUUUUUUCUUUCUUAAUAAAUUGUGACUCUGAUACUUUAAAAAAGUUGUUUUAGGCCAAGUGGUGGCGACGCACACCUUU